GAAACAUUAACACCCAGUCGAAUCAUUGCUGAUGUUGAAAAACUUGGAUAUAAGUGGUGAGUUGAACUAGUCAUAUAAAGUGGUGAGUUAAACUAGUCAUAGAAAGUGGUGAGUUGAACUAGACAUAGAAAGUGGUGAGUUGAACUAGUGAUAGAAAGGGGUGAAUUGAACUAGUGAUAGAACUAAUCCAUCAUUAGUAAUCAAUUGCAGAUUUUAUUUUUAUGACAUUAAAAACUACUAUUUAAAAAAAUCAAAAUUUCUUUUCAUGGAAAGUUGGAUACCUAAAGAAUCAAAAGACUCCAUGGAUGAAAUGGCUAAAGCUCUGCUGGAUGCUAAAAUUUUCAUGGUGUUUGUAUCCAACAACUAUGUGGAGAAUGAGAACUGCUGUAACUUGUUUAAGUACGCCAGACAGACUUUAAGGAAAGAUAUGAUCUUUGUGGCCGUGGGAGGAAGUGAUGAGUGGAAACGCAGCAAACUGGGCAUUUUAUUUCCUGAUGAGGUUUGUAUUCCUGAUGAUGGUUUCAUCAUUACAUCUCACAUUUAGUGUUCCACUUAAAGAAGGUUCUCUCAUUUUAUUUUCUGUGUAUUUACUUCAAUAUUUCUGGCUGUGGUUUUAUAUUUUCAAUUAAUUUGAUUAUACAUAAGUCUUGUAAAUAACACUGUGUGUCAUACCUUCAAGUGGAGACUGGUUUUGAUUCCCUGUCUUAAAGAUUAAUUUUAUUUGUCAUGAUGAAACAUUCAAAGCAAUAAUAAUUAUACUCAAAAAGAGAUAUCAAACAAAAUCAGUAAAAAUGAAAAUAAUUGGGCUUACACUUACAUUAAAAAAUUUGCAAGUUUAAAAAUUAUUUCAACAUACCGGUACUACAUAAAACAUUCAAACAACUUAUUUAAAGUUUUAAUUUUUAUGUUUUAGCUUUAUGUGGAUAUGAAGAAAGCCAGUCGGUAUGAGCAUAAAAAAGAUGAGCUUGCUGCUAAACUGAAAGAAAAACAUGCUGUGGAGUCAGAGGGCUCAAAAACCAAGAGUUUCCCCCCUUGUUUUAUUUCCUACUGCUGGCAGAAUUCAGCCAAAGCUGUGGCUAAAGGUUCAAGGUAG